AUGCCGUUCGAAAAUUUAGACAUUUCCAUCAUACCAAAAUCGUAUCUAUUCCCGAGUACAAUUCCAAGCGACCGCAGUCCGUGCUUCGGUUUCCGGAUCGAGCCGUUAACGGAAUCGGGUGUGGCAGGCGAAGUCACAGUCGCAUUGCUGCCGACACGAGACUUGGCCGGCGUACAUAAUGCUAUUGGGAUAACGUACCAGACACCCCACAGCGGGACUGUCCUCUGGUCCCGCCUCAACACCUCUAUCCCAAGCCACGGUCACUCCCGAGCCAACAGGCCCAGCCCAAGUCCCAACAGCUCGCCCCGAAACUCAAUACCAACCCUCUCUCGUGCGGGAGGGAGUCAUAUCUAUUGUAUACAGUCCCCACGGCAUCCCUUAAAAUACUUCGCUGGACGAAGACGCCUCGAAACAUCUACAUAUGGACUCCAACUCUCUGUGCAGAGCUCAUGGUACCUAGGCGGAAAUAUCAUCGCCGGCGCAAGCCGCGGUGGUGUGCCGUUAGCGAAGAAACUGAGAGCGGAAUGCUGGAUUGGUGCGCAUGAUGAGGAGAAGAUUAGUGGCGGCGUUAUCAUGAAGUUUUCUCAAGAGUGAAAGAGGAAUGAUCGGGGAUAUU